UUAAUACCUGUUAUUGAAUGCAUUGAAUGCAUUGAUUGCUAAUUUGUUGAGAGAUUGACUAUUGAGUUGAUAUAUUAGACAACAAAGCGAUUAAUUGCUUAAACAAUACUCACUGUUAUCGCAAUAUAUGUGUUAUUAGUGUGAAUGCAAUCAUCAAUGAUAUCAUGAUUUGUGCGAUCAGUUAAUUAUCACUAAAAAACAAAAAACAUUUAAAUAAACGAUUGUUUGUAUCGAUUUAAUUGGUGACCAAAUCUGGUGAUAAUUUUAUUAUUGCCAACAAUUAUUAUCUCAGAUUAAAUUGUUUUAUAUGACAAUUGUGUGACAUUUAAUUGAUUGACCACCUAAUCGACGACUCGGUGACUGUCAUAGCCGGCAAUGGCUGUCCAUUCCUCGGCAUCGAUGGCUUCAUCUGUGUCUCAAACUAAGCGCAAAGAGAUCUACAAAUAUGAGGCCCAAUGGACAGUGUAUUCAAUGAAUUGGUCGGUCAGACCCGACAAACGGUUCCGAUUAGCUCUCGGGUCGUUCAUCGAGGAGUACAAUAACAAAGUACAGAUCGUUGCAUUAGAUGAGGAGUCAACCGAGUUUGAGGCCAAGUCGACCUUUGAUCACCCGUACCCGACAACCAAGAUUAUGUGGAUUCCCGACUCUAAAGGCAUUUUUCCCGAUCUAUUGGCUACAAGUGGUGACUAUCUGAGGGUUUGGAGGGCCGGAGACACUGAGACACGACUCGAAUGUUUACUUAACAAUAAUAAAAAUUCAGAUUUUUGUGCGCCAUUGACCUCAUUUGACUGGAAUGAAGUGGACCCGAACCUGUUGGGCACCUCCAGCAUAGACACGACGUGUACCAUAUGGGGCCUCGAAACAGGACAAGUGAUAGGUCGCGUCAAUUUGGUCUCCGGACACGUCAAGACACAACUCAUAGCACAUGACAAAGAAGUUUAUGACAUAGCAUUUAGUCGGGCCGGCGGUGGACGCGAUAUGUUUGCUUCGGUUGGUGCCGACGGUUCCGUCCGAAUGUUUGAUUUAAGACAUUUGGAGCACUCGACUAUCAUUUAUGAGGAUCCACAACAUCACCCAUUGUUACGACUGGCCUGGAACAAACAGGAUCCUAAUUAUUUGGCCACAUUUGCGAUGGACGCGUGUGAAGUGAUCAUUUUGGACGUACGCGUGCCGUGCACUCCAGUGGCCCGACUCAAUAACCAUAGAGCCUGUGUUAAUGGCAUCGCAUGGGCACCACAUUCAUCGUGUCAUAUCUGUACAGCAGCCGACGACCAUCAAGCACUCAUUUGGGACAUCCAGCAGAUGCCCCGAGCCAUUGAGGAUCCUAUUCUCGCUUAUACAGCUGAAUGUGAAAUAAACCAAAUUCAAUGGGCCAGUACUCAACCCGAUUGGAUUGCCAUUUGCUAUAAUAAUUCACUUGAAAUAUUAAGGGUUUGAUUUUGAUAUAAAUUGUCGACAUUUACCGUACAUUAACUUAUAAAUAUCGUAAUCAUUUAAAUCAAAAUACUCUCAUAAC